CAAACACAACAUCAACAACUAUCACACAAACACAUAAACUCAAAAAUCUUAUUCUAUUUGUUUCGUUUUAUCAUCAGAAAAACAUAAACAUGGUUGCUAUUUCAGAGAUCAAGUCGACGGUGGAGACUACGGCGGCGAACUGUCUGAUGCUCUUAUCAAGGGUCGGACAAGAAAACGUUGACGGUGGAAGCGCAAAACGCGUUUUCACAUGUAAGACGUGUUUGAAGGAGUUUCAUUCGUUUCAAGCGUUGGGAGGUCACCGUGCGAGCCACAAGAAGCCUAACAAUGAGAAUCUCUCUAGUUUGAUGAAGAAGACGAAAGCUUCGUCUUCCCAUCCUUGUCCGAUAUGUGGAGUGGAGUUUCCCAUGGGACAAGCUCUAGGAGGACACAUGAGGAGACACAGGAACGAGAGUGGCGGCGCCGGCGCGUUGGUUACACGCGAGUUACUGUCGGAGGCGGCGUUGACGACGUUGAAGAAAUCAAGCAGUGGGAGGUUGGCUUGUCUGGAUCUGAGUUUGGGAAUGGUGGAGAAUUUGAAUCUCAAGUUGGAACUUGGAAGGCCUGUUUGUUGAUUUGUUUUUUCUUUUUCCUUUGUGUUCUUUUUUUCCUGGAUAUAUUAAUUAGUUCCUCUCAUUCUUUGAUUUGUUUCCUUAAUAUUUUAGAUUCAUACAUAUACAUCUGCAGAUUUAGGAAACGUUCAUAGGGUAUAAUUUAUUUCCUUUCGUGGUGAAAAUAUACUUUACUUAGCAUUGGAGAUUUGUUAUAUAUGAUAUCUUUCAGUUAAUUAAGCGUA